GCAUGUACUUGGCUUUGUGUCCUUGGCUCCUCUAGACUCUCACAUGUGCGGGCACCAUAUACUUCUGCUACCCUUGUUCUCCAAUCAUUGCACAAACAGAAACAGCUCCGACAGAGAAGGGACUGCUAGAGUUAGGAACCCUAGGGCCUGGAAGGAAGCUGUGGCUCUCAGAGUGACCUGGGGUCUAUUCUAUCCCCUCUGAACCUGUUUCCCUGGCAACACUGUGGGAACAACAGUCCAUGCAACAUAGAAGACCUGAUGCCAUCUGGUGUCCUCCAAAUUUUCAGGUGAAGGCAGGGGUUGUGAAUGAUGCAGGGAUGGCCAGAAUGAUUUCUGCCUUCGUUAUUUUCCCAGGGGAACCAAGCCUGUGGGUGAGGAAAUCACACUAAGACUGGACAGUGACUGAAUCUGGCCCAGGAGAACCUUGGCUGCCUGCCUUCCAGGCCAGGGUCUUUCUUCCCUGAGAUUCUGGAGGGGAAGUACCUGGAACUCAGGAGUGUUGCCCUGGUCUGGAAGAUCGGAUAGACAUAGCGGGGGCACCUUCAGCUUCUCCAGUCACCUGGCCAGUGGCUCUUUCUUCCAGUCUGCUGUCCCAGGGUGGAUAGGCCUUCAGGCGAAGACCCAAGAAUCCAGCUAGACUCUGUCCCAGGCAGCCUCUUCAGUCCGGGACGGGACAGGAAGUGUCCGGCGGAGGUGGGGGUGGAGGGCCUCCCUUCCCCUGGAAGCACAGCCAGUUGUGCCCUAAGGAAGCAUUUGGUGAGGAAUGAAAAGAGGAUGAGCAGCAGUUGCUCAGGGCUGAGCAGGGUCCUGGUGGCCGUGGCUACAGCCCUGGUGUCUGCCUCCUCCCCCUGCCCCCAGGCCUGGGGCCCCCCAGGGGUCCAGUAUGGGCAGCUGGGCAGGUCCGUGAAGCUGUGUUGUCCUGGAGUAAUUGCCGGGGACCCAGUGUCCUGGUUUCGGGAUGGGGAGCCAGGGCUGCUCCAGGGACCUGACUCUGGGCUAGGGCAUGAACUGGUCCUGGCCCAGGCAGACAGCACUGAUGAGGGCACCUACAUCUGCCGGACCCUGGAUGGUACCCUUGGGGGCACUGUGAUCCUGCAGCUGGGCUACCCCCCAGCCCGCCCUGUUGUCUCCUGCCAAGCAGCCGACUAUGAGAACUUCUCUUGCACGUGGAGUCCCAGCCAGAUCAGUGGUUUACCCACCCGCUACCUCACCUCCUACAGGAAGAAGACAGUCCUAGGAGCUGAUAGCCAGAGGAAGAGUCCAUCCCCAGAGCCCUGGCCAUGCCCACAGGACCCCCUAGGGGCUGCCCGCUGUGUGGUCCAUGGGGCUGAGUUCUGGAGCCAGUACCGGAUUAAUGUGACUGAAAUGAACCCACUGGGUGCUAGCACACGCCUGCUGGAUGUGAGCCUGCAGAGCAUCUUGCGCCCUGACCCACCCCAGGGCCUGCGGGUAGAGUCGGUACCAGGUUACCCCCGACGCCUGCGAGCCAGCUGGACAUACCCUGCCUCCUGGCCCCGCCAGCCUCACUUCCUGCUCAAGUUCCGGCUGCAGUACCGUCCGGCGCAGCAUCUAGUCUGGUCCAUGCUGGAGCCAGCUGGACUGGAGGAGGUGAUCACAGAUGCUGUGGCUGGGCUGCCCCAUGCCGUACGAGUCAGUGCCCGGGACUUUCUGGAUGCUGGCACCUGGAGCACCUGGAGCCCUGAGGCCUGGGGAACUCCGAGCACUGGGACUAUACCAAAGGAGGUACCAGCUGGGGACCAGCUACACAUACAGCCAGAGGCGGAGCCUCAGGAGGACAGCCCUGCUCCUCCGAGACCGUCCCUUCAGCCACACCCUCAGCUACUUGAUCACAGGGACUCUAUGGAGCAGGUAGCUGUGCUGGCGUCUUUGGGAGUCCUUUCUUUUCUAGGACUGGUGGCUGGGGCCCUGGCACUGGGGCUCUGGAGACUGAGACCCCACAUUGUUGGAGAGACAGCUGCCUUUCUAUGCCCCAGGCUGAGGCUGAGACAAAGCGGGAAGGAUGGAUCCCUGAAGCCUGGGUUCUUGUCCCCAAUGAUUCCAGUGGACAGGCGUCCAGGAGUUCCAAACCUGUAGAGGACCCAGGAGGGUUUCGGCGGAUUCCACCUAUAAUUCUGUCUUGCUGGUGUGGAUGGAUGGACAAAACCCAGGCAGGACAGUAGAUCCCUAUGGUUGGGGAAUCAGCUGGAAGUUCUGUUUGGAGCCCAUUUCUUUGCGACCCUAUAUUUCAAAUUUGCCAGUUGAAAGGUGCCUGUAUCUCUAAUUUCACCGCAGAGUUGGAGUUCUGCUCCAGGAACGUGUCUAAUGUAUACGUCUGUAUCCAUAUGUGACCAUGUGUCUGUGAGGCAGGGAACAUAUAUUCUCUGCAUGCAUGUUUGUAGGUGCCUGGGGAGUGUGUGUGGGUCCUUGGCUCUUGGCCUUUUCCAUUGCAGGGAUUGUGCAGGUGUGAAUAAAGAGAAUAAGAAAGUU